CCUGUGUGGACUUAUGGGCCCUGAUUUCGGCAAUUCCAAGGCAAUGCACACGGACCAAAAAAUACACUAGGUUUGAAAAUAUUUUGUUUCCCCCCACCACUUGCACCAUGGCUCGUGCUCCAAAACCUUGCCGAACUCGUGCAAAGUUGACGACUGCUCAAAAAGCAGAACGGCGUAAUAAAUUAGAUGCUUUGACAGGUGCCAUCGACAAUGCCAAGGAAGCAUAUGCGCAAGAGGCCAUCGACAUCGCGCAAACACAUGGUCGUUCUCUCAAGUGGACUCGUAGCCAAUUAUUCCUCAGGAGUCACUUGUCACAACGGGGCCGAGGUGUUAACUCGUGGAACGGCUUCAUCAAGGCGAAACUUAGGGAAGAAAAUGAAGAUUGUGAACGGGGUGAUCGCAUUAAGCUUACCCAAUUCAUUGCUGAUAAUAAGGAUGAACUCCUUGAAGCAUAUUCACGCCUCACAUUUGCUCAAAGGCAUGCUUACAAUGCAGAGGUUCUUGAAGCUCGGGCGCAAAAGAGGCACAUUGCUCGAGCAAAUCCAAAGGCCAAACAUCAUGAUAUCAAUGCCACAUUCAUAGGGAUGGAUCACGAGUGGAUGGCCCUCUGCGCUCGAACCGGCAUCGAGGGCUUUUAUGUUGGAGUGCGCGGGAACAUUGAAGAUCUCUCGGAACCCAAGAUAUUUUUCACCCAGAAGGCUGAGAAAUUCGUCAAAGAGGUCCUUCACGUCGAACCACGACACUUGGGUCUCAAAUUGGAGGCCUUUGUGGUCAGCGGUCUCGACGAGAAUACAAUGAUUACGCGUCAACGCCCGUUGAACAAACUCAUCAGCGAUUGUCGCACAAUCAUUCAAGAAGAGCUUGAAUCUAUUGCACUUAAGAAAAACAUCAAGAAGGCCGUCAAAAUGAACUAUAUUAACUAUGAGCGCAGCAUAGUCGAACACUGUGGUGUCGCUCUUGUGGGCUGGCCACUUCCCGGACCUGUUUGCAACCCAAGCAAAGUUGGUGGAAGGGCCGAAGUUCAGAAGUUGCUCAGCGCUCUACAGAGAGAACAUCACCACAGUGAGUCUUGCCAUUGGGUUGUGCUCACGGAUGAAGAAUUAGUUCAACGAAUGACCGAAAAUCGGGCACGCCAUGCACGUGGAGAAGCGGUAUAUGUUGCACGGAAGAAGAGGAAGGUUACGAGCGCAGAGCACAAGAGCAACACUACCAUCGACACUGAUACCGAAGACUCAUCAGACGAUACCUCCACCAGUGAUGAGUAGUUUUACAAUUAGUUUAUGCAUGUCUUCUACUGCGUGCAAUACACUGCUUUGAAGUUUUCACCCUC